UUUUUUCACCGUUUGGGAUUCCAGCAAAAUGCAUUAAACCCUAACCAAACCAUUCUUUCUUCUCUCAAUUUCUUGAUUAUUACAUCUUGAUGCGAAUCAGAAACCGAUUGGUAAAAAUCAAGAAUUUGUUGUGUACAAGUUAGGUUGAGGUGAAUGGAAAAUAAGAAUGUGGAUAAUCUGUUCAAUGAGUUUGCAUAUAAGGGAAGCAGUGAAGGGGAGCAUCCAAAGAAGACGGUGUUUUUGUCUCCUUAUUUUCCAUAUAAGGGAAAUACAAGGAACACUUUUUAUCGUUCUCCUUAUUCUUGUAGUUCUAGGAAGGUAUCGAAACAUUUUCGAGAAGUUGGAGAGUCUAAAGUGGGUGAUUCUUGUCCUUCAAGGAAGGUGUCCAAGUAUUUUGUGAAAGAUGGAGAGUCUAAAGUGGGUGAUUCUUGUCCUUCAAGGAAGGUGUCCAAGUAUUUUGUGAAAGAUGGAGAGUCUAAAGUGGGUGAUUCUUGUCCUUCAAGGAAGGUGUCCAAGUAUUUUGUGAAAGAUGGAGAGUCUAAAGUGGGUGAUUCUUGUCCUUCAAGGAAGGUGUCCAAGUAUUUUGUGAAAGAUGGAGAGUCUAAAGUGGGUGAUUCUUGUCCUUCAAGGAAGGUGUCCAAGUAUUUUGCGAAAGAUGGAGAGUCUAAAGUGGGUGAUUCUUGUUCAAGGAAGGUGCCAAAACAUUUUCGGGAAGUCGGAGAGUCUAAAGAGGACGAUUCUUGUCCUUCUAGGAAGGUGUCCAAGUAUUUUCGGGAAGUUGGCGAGCCUGAAGUGGGUAAUUCUUGUCCUUCAAGGAGGACGUCGAAAUAUUUUGGUGAAGUUGGAGAGUCUAAAGUGAGCGAAUCUUGUACUUCAAGUAAGGUGUCGAAGUAUUUUGUGAAAGUCGAUGAUUCUAAAGUGAGUGAUUCUUGUCGUUCCAGGAACUUGUUAGAACAUUUUUGGGAAGUUGAAGAGUUAGAACUGGAUUAUCAAAAGAGAGUGUCUCCUUGUUCUUCUAGAAAGGUUAAGAACAAUAGGAAGAGCAUGACGGGUUUCAGAGAGUGUGUUAAGAAGAGGAAAUGUAAAGGAAUUGGAGUAAUUGAAAAUUUGAAAGUCGAAGAUUCUUCUUGUUUGGCAAAGAUCUAUGAAUAUUUAGCUAAAGUUGAAGAGAUUAUAAUUAAGGGCAGUUUGUUACUUCAAAAGGUCUCUGACUCCUCUAGAGGAGGGUAUCAAGUUGAAGAAAACUGUAUGAAGGAAAUUAAUGAUUUUUUGAAUCAAUAUGUAUACCAUGGUAGGAGUGUGCCGAUUUCAAGAAAGUGUGUUAAGAAGAGUGAAAAUUUAGAAGAGGGUGGUGAUUCGGAAUAUAGAGCUAAAGUCAAAGAGGCUAAAAUUAAGUUUGAAUCGAUACUUGGAGAUCUAUCUAACUCCUUUCAAGAGGGACCUAAAGUUGAAGAGGGUUCGUCUCUUGUUCCCCCUAAAAUGAAAUCCAAAAGUCGUGGUAAGAAAACUCAACCUUUUCAUAAGGCGGAGAGAUAUAAGGAGGCUUACAAAAGAAAAUCUGCGGAAAACAAUUGGCUUCCUCCACGUUCUCAUUGGAAUCUCAUUCAGGAGGAUCAUUUUCAUGAUCCAUGGAGAGUGUUGGUUAUUUGUAUGCUAUUAAACCGAACUACUGGUGCGCAGACUAAAAAAGUUUUAGACGAGUUUUUCAAGUUAUGUCCGAACGCAGAGUCUUGUAUGCGAGUAUCAAGAGAGGAGAUACAAGAGGUAAUAAAGUCAUUAGGUCUUCAAGGGAAAAGGUCGGCGAUGCUGCAACGCCUUUCUUGUGAAUACUUGUCCGAUAGUUGGACUCAUGUAACUGAACUGCAUAGUGUCGGCAAGUAUGCGGCGGAUGCUUAUGCUAUAUUUUGUACUGGAAAGUGGGAUGAAGUUGUGCCAAAUGAUCAUAUGCUGAACAAAUAUUGGAUUUUUCUUCGUAAUUUAUGAAUUUCACAAGAUUAUAUAUUUCAUUUAUAGCUAGUUUUUUGUUGUUUACAAAAUGGCAAUAUGGAUAAUCAAGUUAUUGUAUUCUUAUUGCUUAAGUUAUGCAGUAGAUGGCAACAACAAUACUUUUGUUUGUAAAUUUUUGAACUAAGCAAUAGGACCCUCAUCUCUGCAUCUUUGUUUUUCAAUUCAUUCUUUCUAUAUCCUUAAAUUUUAUUGAAGAGAAAAGAAACAUAAGUGCAUUACAAAUAUAUAUUAUUCGGUGGAUAGUAAAAAAUUAGUUAUUUAACUCAAGAGCACUUGAAUUUGAAUGAGAGAAUAAGGCAUCUAUCUCCUACGGUUUAGUUAGAAAGAAAGCUUUGUUAUUUACUGUAGUCUAUUUCAAGUUGAGGGAUUCAUCUUUGCAAUUGUUUGCAGUUGAAUG